GACGAACACGUCACUCUAUAAGGCCAACACGUACCUACUUUCAGGGCGCCUAGUAAUAACAGCGAUCUUGCUGCUUCUGUUCCCCAACAGACUCAGCGCGACCAAUCGCGCAACAUCGGCUGAGAAAUGCCAGUAAACGCGCAGCGGAGGCGCCGACCCAGCGAGCACAGAAAAUGAAGAGAUCUGACACGCGCUGAACUACAUAACCUAACACCCGGAGAUCAAGACGGGAUCAAGUUGCGAUAUCAUACAUAUGUAAGCGGUAGCGUAUCAUCUCCAGUGCUCCGCCGCGACAAAUCCAACAGUGAUCGGAUCGCGUUCGACUACCAGCUUGGGGUGAAACCUAGUAACAGCCAGCAAUUUGUGUCCCUACAUCUAUAACGUUAUAUCGGGCCUCGCUGCCAAAAGGUUUGAAGGUGAGGUCUGGGAACCGGAGCUACUUCAGGUCGGUGGAAUACCAUAGCGCGAGCCAUGGGCACCGCUCCUGUGUUCGGCGAUGGGUCCACGGCGAUCCGUCGAGACACUCCCCGAGCAACGAGGCUUUGUAGAGGAGUCCCGGCCAUCGGCGAUUGGGACCGAAUCUUGUGGAGAUACAUUCGACACAGCACUGCAGAGGCGCUCAUAAUUCGCACCCGGUGCCGCGGGAAGGGAGCGUCAAUCAGCAUAUUCGACGUGGGUUGACAAAAAUCGUAGUCGUGCGUCCAGUCUCUGGGGGCUUCUGGCCGUCGCCUACUGGCUGUGCCUCAAACUACAACCGCUCAUUUGAGGGCAUGUGAUUAAUUUUUCCUUGAGAAGGAUGUUGAUGCACGAUGGCAUUUUUGGAUUCUCACAAGGUGCCAUCAGUGAUUGAAGCGUCAUGAAUCGAGAAGAGGAAGAGAC